UCGGCUGUUUCUGCCGCUUCUGCAGCCAUUUUGCAACCAGCAGAGCCGGAGGCAGGGGCAGGCUGCCGGCGGAGCCGAGCGAUGGGCUAGCAGCAGCUGUUGCGGGCAGGCGAGCCAGCACCAUGGUGAAGAGGAAGAGCUCGGAAGGCCAUGACCAGGAGAGCAGCCGAGGGGUCCCGCUGCCCAUCCAGACCUUCCUAUGGAGGCAAACCAGUGCAUUUUUGAGGCCCAAACUGGGAAAACAAUAUGAAGCUUCAUGUGUGUCCUUUGAAAGAGUUUUGGUUGAGAAUAAGUUGCACGGUCUCUCACCGGCCCUUUCUGAAGCCAUCCAGAGCAUUUCUCGCUGGGAACUGGUCCAAGCUGCCUUACCACACGUUCUGCACUGCACGGCGACACUGCUUUCCAAUCGGAACAAGUUAGGACAUCAGGAUAAACUUGGUGUUGCAGAAACGAAGCUCCUUCAUACUCUGCACUGGAUGUUGCUAGAGGCUCCUCAAGACUGCAGCAAUGACCGUUUUGGAGGAGGAGGAGGAGGAGACAGGGCAUCGAGCUGGAGAGGGAGCAGCAGUGCUUUCAUCCACCAGAUUGAAAACCAGGGGUCUCCAGGGCAUCCAAGGCGUGACAGCACCAAUGAAGAGGAGGAGAACAACAGGAGGAAGUUCUUUCAGAAUUCAAUGGCCACAGUGGAGCUCUUUGUGUUCUUGUUUGCUCCGCUAGUUCAUAGGAUCAAAGAAUCUGAUCUGACUUUUCGUCUGGCCAGUGGCCUUGUUAUUUGGCAGCCGAUGUGGGAGCACAGGCAACCUGAAGUUUCUGCCUUUACUGCACUGGUUAAACCCAUCAGGAAUAUAAUCACAGCAAAGAGGAGUUCUCCAAUGAAAAACCAGACUCUGACAUGUGAAUCUCCUAAUGUGGAUGCUGGACGUACAGAGGGGCUCCAGGUAGUGUGUGAAACACCCCAGCCAGAUGCAGUGCCCCCCAGGCCUGCUUUCUCAGGCUGCCACCGUGGGAAUUCUAUUGAUGGAAGUGUGUCAUCCCAAGCCUCCCAGGAGAAAGGACCCCCAUAUCCUAGGGUGUCUUUGGUGAUCCCACCAUGCCAAAAGUCUCGGUAUGCUACCUAUUUUGACGUGGCUGUAUUACGCUGCCUACUUCAGCCGCAUUGGUCCGAGGAAGGCACUCAGUGGUCCCUGAUGUAUUACCUCCAGAGGCUGCGGCAUAUGCUGGAGGAAAGGCCUGAGAAAUCUCCUGAGCCAGAGGUCCCACCGUUGCCCAGGCCUCGCAGCAGUUCCAUGGUAGCAGCAGCUCCGUCACUGGUGAACACUCACAAAACACAGGAUCUCACAAUGAAAUGCAACGAGGAGGAAAAAUCGUUAAGCACUGAAGCUUUUGCCAAAGUGUCGCUAACCAACCUGCGCAGGCCAGCUGUUCCAGACCUCUCCUCUGAUUUGGGAAUGAAUAUUUUUAAGAAGUUCAAGAGCCGCAAAGAAGAUCGCGAGCGCAAGGGCUCCAUUCCUUACCACCACACGGGGAAAAAGCGGCAGCGAAGAAUGGGAGUGCCCUUCUUGCUCCACGAAGACCAUUUGGACGUGUCACCUACUCGGAGCACCUUCUCUUUUGGCAGCUUCUCGGGGAUUGGAGAAGACAGGCGUGGCAUUGAGAGAGGAGGGUGGCAAACGACCAUCUUAGGGAGGUUUACCAGGCGAGGUAGUUCCGAUACAGCUACAGAGAUGGAGAGCCUGAGUGCUAGGCAUUCCCAUUCCCAUCAUACCCUGGUUACUGACCUGCCAGACCACUCCAACAGCCAUGUACGUUCCCAAAUUUCCACCAUCACAGUGGCAACAUUCAACACCACUCUGGCUUCUUUCAAUGUGGGGUAUGCGGACUUCUUCAGUGAGCACAUGCGCAAGCUCUGUAACCAGGUGCCCAUCCCAGAGAUGCCCCAUGAGCCCCUGGCAUGCGCCAAUCUCCCUCGGAGUUUGACGGAUUCCUGCAUCAACUAUAGCUGCCUGGAGGAUACAGACCACAUCGAUGGGACCAGCAACUUUGUCCACAAGAAUGGCAUGCUAGAUCUUUCGGUGGUUCUCAAGGCUGUUUUUCUGGUCCUGAAUCAUGACAUCAGCUCCCGAAUCUGUGAUGUGGCCCUCAAUAUUGUGGAAUGCCUGCUUCAGCUUGGUGUGGUGCCUUGUGUGGAGAAGAUCAGAAGGAAAAGUGACAACAAAGAGAAUGAACCCAGCGAGAAGAGACAAAGCGAGACCUCCUUCCAACUCAAGGGGGCUUUGAGUAGUUCAGCCUCUGGAUUUGGGGCUGCCCCAGCCAGCGCAGCUGGAGAUGGCGGUGGAGAAGAAGGAGGAGGAGGAAGUGGUGGAGGAGAUGGAGGAGGAGGUGACGGAGGAGGGGAAGGUGGAGGAAGGCCUUAUGAAAAGAAUGAUAAAAAGGAAGACAAGGAGGAAAGCACUCCAGCAAGCACACACAGACUGGCUCUGACAAUGCUGAUAAAAAUUGUGAAGUCUCUGGGCUGUGCAUAUGGCUGUGGAGAAGGUCACCGUGGGCUCUCUGGAGACCGCCUGAGACAUCAGGCUCAGAAUUGCCUCACAAAGUUGUACAAGCUGGAUAAGAUGCAGUUCCGGCAAACCAUGAGGGAUUAUGUAAACAAGGAUUCACUCAACAAUGUGGUGGAUUUUUUACAUGCUUUGCUAGGUUUCUGCAUGGAGCCAGUCACUGACAACAAGGCUGGUUUUGGAAAUAAUUUCACAACAGUGGACAACAAGUCUACUGCCCAAAGUGUGGAAGGUAUUAUUGUCAGUGCCAUGUUCAAAUCACUUAUCACCCGCUGUGCCUCUACUACACAUGAGCUUCAUAGCCCUGAGAAUCUGGGAUUGUAUUGUGACAUCCGACAACUGGUUCAGUUUAUCAAGGAGGCUCAUGGGAAUGUCUUUAGAAGAGUAGCCCUUAGUGCCCUUUUGGAUAGUGCUGAGAAGUUGAUACCAGGAAGAAGAGCAGAGGAAACAGCUGAACAGGAGCCCAAACCAUCAGGCAGUAAAAGAUCUGAAGUGGGAAGUGUCGUCAUUGACAAAGGACAACCGUCUUCAGGUCCCGAUGAAUGCCGCAGUUACAUCUCAAGCCGCCCAAUGCAGACGCCAGAGCAUGAUGAGCAGAUGCAAGGAUCAGCCCUGGGCCGCAAAGAUUUCUGGCGAAAGAUGUUCAAAUCUCAGAGUGCAGCGAGCGAUACUAGUAGUCAGUCGGAGCAGGAUACCUCGGAAUGCACAACUGCACACUCAGGAGCAACCACUGAAAGGCGAUCCCGCUCUCGCUCAAGGCGGAUCUCACUCCGAAAGAAACUCAAACUUCCCUUAGGGAAUUGGCUGAAACGCUCAUCCCUUUCUGGUCUGGCAGAUGGUGUGGAAGACCUUCUGGACAUCAGCUCUGUAGACCGGCUCUCUUUUAUCCGGCAGAGUUCCAGGGUGAAAUUCACUAGUGCCGUGAAGCUGUCUGAAGGAGGGCCAGGAAGUGGCUUGGAGAAUGGACGAGAUGAAGAGGAGAAUUUCUUCAAGCGUCUUGGUUGUCAGACCUAUGAUGACCACCUGGCUUCCAACCAAGAAGGAAGCAAAUCCAAGAACGUGGUGAACUUGGGUGCAAUAAGACAAGGCAUGAAGCGCUUUCAGUUUCUCUUAAACUGCUGUGACCCAGGAACAAUCCCUGAUGCCUCUAUCCUGGCAGCUGCCCUCGAUCUUGAGGCACCAGUGGUAGCGAGAGCAGCCCUUUUCCUGGAAUGUGCUCGCUUCGUUCACCGCUGCAACCGUGGCAACUGGCCAGAGUGGAUGAAGGGACACCAUGUGAACAUCACUAAAAAGGGUCUUUCCCGUGGGCGCUCCCCAAUAGUGGGGAACAAACGUAACCAGAAGUUACAGUGGAACGCGGCCAAGCUCUUCUAUCAAUGGGGAGAUGCAAUUGGCAUCCGUCUCAACGAACUCUGCCAUAGUGAGAGUGAGAGCCCAGCCAAUCUGCUGGGCCUCAUUUAUGAUGAGGAGACCAAGCGAAGACUGAGAAAGGAGGAUGAGGAAGAAGACUUUUUAGAUGACAGUACUGUGAACCCCACCAAAUGCUGCUGUCCUUUUGCACUGAAGAUGGCAGCAUGUCAGCUCCUCCUGGAGAUCACCACAUUCCUUCGAGAGACCUUUCCCUACAUGCCCAGGCCGCGGACGGAGCCUCUUGUGGACCUGGACAGUUGCAGGUUGCGUUUGGACCCUGAGAUGGAUCGGCACAGGUAUGAGAGGAAGAUCAGCUUUGCUGGGGUUCUGGAUGAAAAUGAAGAUUCAAAAGAUUCCUUGCACAGCAGCAGUCAUACCCUGAAAUCUGACACAGGUUGUGAAGAGAAGAAAGUUCCCAGCAGGAAGAUCAGGAUAGGAGGCUCCCGCUUGCUCCAGAUUAAAGGAACCCGCAGUUUCCGGGUGAAGAAAGGGGGUUCCCUGUCCAGCAUUCGCCGGGCCGGCAGCCUAAAGAGCACCAAGUUAUCACGUCAGGACUCAGAGUCUGAGAAUGAGGAGCUGCAGCUGUCCCACAGCAGGGACACUGUCACUGACAUAGAAGGAAGCCCUUGGAGUGCAAGCGAACCCAGUAUAGAACCUGAAGUGCUAAGCAGCACAGGCACCGAAGAGAACUAUCACCGGAAUAUGUCUUGGCUGCAUGUGAUGAUACUGCUAUGCAACCAGCAGAGUUUCAUUUGCACCCACAUUGACUACUGCCACCCUCACUGUUACCUCCAUCAUAGUCGCUCUUGUGCACGCCUUGUCCGAGCCAUCAAACUCCUGUAUGGAGACACUGUGGAUUCACUCAAAGAGAAUAACUUACUAAACAAUGUGGCUAGGAGCAAAAAACAGAAAGAGUGUUCAGACAAGUCAUGCCUGAGAACACCCUCCUUGAAGAAGAGAGUGACAGAUUCCAACCUUGAAGGAAAGAAGGACUCUGGAAUGCUGAAAUACAUCAGGCAUCAGGUGAUGAGUUUGUCUCCAGCACCUUUGUCACUGUUAAUUAAGGCAGCACCCAUCCUCACAGAAGAGAUGUAUGGGGACAUCCAGCCUGCAGCAUGGGAACUGCUGCUCAGUAUGGAUGAGCACAUGGCUGGGGCAGCCGCUGCCAUGUUCCUUCUGUGUGCUGUGAAAGUGCCAGAGGCAGUAUCGGAUAUGCUGAUGUCUGAAUUUCAUCACCCUGAGGCAGUGCAAAGGUUGAAUGCCAUUCUUAAAUUCCACACCCUCUGGAGAUUUAGGUAUCAGGUCUGGCCUCGGAUGGAGGAAGGAGCUCAGCAAAUCUUUAAGAUUCCUCCACCUAGCAUUAACUUCACACUCCCAUCCCCAGUUCUGGGAAUGCCAUCUGUCCCCAUGUUUGACCCUCCAUGGGUUCCACAGUGUAGUGGGAGCGUACAGGACCCAAUUAAUGAAGAUCAAUCCAAGUCAUUUUCAGCCCGGGCAGUGUCACGUUCUCAUCAGCGAGCAGAACAUAUUCUCAAGAAUCUGCAGCAGGAAGAAGAGAAAAAACGUCUGGGCCGAGAAGCUAGUCUGAUCACUGCCAUUCCCAUCACCCAGGAAGCUUGCUAUGAGCCCAGCUGUUCCCCAAACGUGGAGCAGGAAGAGGAAGUAGAAGAAGUUGCCAACCUGGCGUCCCGCCGUCUCUCUGUCAGCCCAUCCUGCACCUCCAGCACAUCUCACAGGAACUACUCCUUCCGCCGGGGCUCAGUUUGGUCAGUGCGUUCAGCAGUCAGUGCUGAAGAUGAGGAACACACGACAGAGCACACACCAAAUCACCAUGUGCCCCAACCCCCACAGGCAGUCUUCCCGGCAUGUAUUUGUGCAGCUGUGCUCCCUAUUGUCCACUUAAUGGAAGACGGAGAAGUCCGGGAGGAUGGAGUAGCAGUGAGUGCCGUGGCUCAGCAAGUCCUGUGGAACUGUCUCAUUGAAGAUCCUUCUACAGUUCUUCGACAUUUUCUGGAGAAACUUACAAUCAGCAAUCGACAGGAUGAAUUGAUGUAUAUGCUGAGGAAACUUCUGCUCAACAUUGGAGACUUCCCUGCCCAGACAUCCCAUAUUCUGUUUAAUUACUUGGUGGGACUGAUCAUGUAUUUUGUGCGCACGCCAUGCGAAUGGGGCAUGGAUGCCAUUUCAGCGACUCUGACUUUCCUGUGGGAAGUUGUAGGAUAUGUAGAAGGACUAUUCUUCAAGGAUCUCAAACAGACUAUGAAGAAGGAACAAUGCGAAGUGAAGCUUCUGGUUACUGCCUCAAUGCCUGGCACCAAGACCCUUGUAGUUCAUGGGCAAAAUGAAUGUGAUAUCCCAACUCAGUUACCAGUCCAUGAGGACACUCAGUUUGAAGCUCUGUUAAAGGAGUGUUUGGAAUUUUUUAACAUAUCUGAAUCCCAAUCUUCCAACUAUUUCUUAAUGGAUAAACGAUGGAAUCUUAUUCAUUAUAAUAAGACCUAUGUCCGUGAUAUUUAUCCAUUUCGAAGAUCAGUAUCUCCCCAGUUGAAUCUGGUACACAUGAACCCAGAAAGGGGCCAAGAACUCAUUCAGAAACAGGUGUUCACACGCAAGCUUGAAGAAGUGGGUCGGGUUCUGUUCCUCAUUUCUCUGACCCAGAAGAUCCCCGUUGCUCACAAACAGUCCCAUGUGUCUCUGUUGCAAGAAGACCUUCUCCGCUUGCCCUCUUUCCCACGCAGCGCCAUUGAUGCUGAGUUCUCACUCUUCAGUGAUCCACAAGCUGGAAAGGAGCUAUUUGGCCUUGACACCCUUCAGAAAAGCCUCUGGAUUAAACUGCUGGAGGAGAUGUUUCUUGGGAUGCCUAGUGAAUUUCCCUGGGGGGAUGAAAUCAUGCUCUUCCUCAACGUAUUCAAUGGAGCCCUGAUCCUGCACCCUGAGGACAGUGCCCUGUUGAGGCAAUAUGCUGCCACUGUCAUCAACACAGCCGUACAUUUCAACCACCUCUUCUCUCUCAGUGGGUACCAAUGGAUUCUCCCCACUAUGCUACAGGUAUAUGCUGACUACGAAAGCAACCCACAGCUCCGUCAAGCAAUUGAGUUUGCCUGCCGUCAAUUUUACAUUCUGCAUCGUAAGCCCUUUGUACUGCAAUUGUUUGCCAGUGUGGCUCCUCUCUUGGAGUUUCCUGAUGCAACAAACAAUGCGCCCAGCAAAGGUGUAUCAGCUCAGUGCCUGUUUGAUCUUCUGCAGUCCUUAGAAGGAGACACUCCUGACAAUCUGGACAUUCUGGAACUAGUGAAAGCAGAAAAACCUCUAAAAUCAUUAGAUUUCUGCUAUGGCAACGAGGACCUGACUUUUUCCAUCAGCGAGGCCAUAAAGUUAUGUGUGACAGUUGUUGCAUAUGCCCCUGAGUCAUUCAGAAGUCUUCAGAUGCUGAUGGUCCUUGAAGCCCUGGUUCCCUGUUACCUGCAGAGGCUUAAGAGGCAAACUUCCCAAGUGGAGACAGUGACAGCAGCUCGGGAGGAGAUUGCUGCUACAGCUGCUCUUGCUACAUCCUUACAAGCCCUCUUGUACAGCGUGGAAGUUCUUACCAGGCCAAUGACUGCCCCUCAGAUGAGUCGCUGUGAUCAAGGCCAUAAAGGAACCACUACUGCUAACCAUACUAUGUCGUCUGGAACAAAUACUAGAUACCCAGAUCAAGGAGCCAAACUGCACUUUAUCAGGGAAAACCUUCACUUGCUGGAGGAAGGCCAAGGCAUUCAGCGCGAGGAGCUGGAUGAACGCAUUGCUAGGGAGGAGUUCAGGAGACCCCGUGAGUCCCUGUUGAAUAUCUGUACUGAGUUCUAUAAACACUGUGGCCCCAGACUGAAGAUUUUGCAGAACCUAGCUGGAGAGCCCAGAGUGACUUCCUUAGAGCUGCUGGAUGUUAAGUCUCACAUGAGGUUGGCAGAAAUUGCACAUUCCCUUCUGAAGCUGGCACCUUACGACACCCAGACGAUGGAGAGCCGUGGGCUCCGGCGAUACAUCAUGGAGAUGCUGCCCAUCACUGACUGGACGGCUGAGGCAGUGAGGCCUGCCUUAAUCCUCAUCUUAAAGCGAUUGGAUCGUAUGUUCAAUAAAAUUCACAAGAUGCCUACUUUGAGGCGACAGGUUGAGUGGGAGCCUGCCAGCAGUUUGAUUGAAGGGGUUUGUUUGACACUUCAGAGGCAGCCAAUCAUAUCCUUCCUGCCUCACCUUAGGUCACUGAUCAAUGUCUGUGUCAAUCUGGUGAUGGGAGUAGUAGGACCUUCCAGUGUGGCCGAUGGAUUGCCCCUUCUUCAUCUCAGCCCUUAUCUCUCGCCACCUCUACCCUUCAGCACAGCUGUUGUCCGGCUUGUAGCAUUGCAGAUUCAGGCUUUGAAAGAAGAUUUCCCCCUAAGCCACGUGAUCUCCCCAUUCACCAAUCAGGAGAGAAGGGAAGGAAUGCUUUUAAAUCUACUGAUUCCAUUUGUGCUCACAGUAGGAUCAGGAAGCAAAGACAGCCCUUGGCUGGAGCAGCCAGAGGUCCUCCUCCUGCUCCAGACAGUCAUUAAUAUUUUGCUGCCACCUCGCAUCAUCAGCACUUCCCGCAGUAAGAACUUUAUGCUGGAGAGCUCUCCUGCCCACUGCUCCACCCCUGGAGACGCAGGGAAGGACUUGCGCAAGGAAGGGCUAGCCGAAUCCACGAGCCAGGCAGCCUACCUGGCUUUGAAGGUGAUCCUUGUCUGUUUUGAGCGUCAGCUUGGCAGCCAAUGGUAUUGGCUAAGCCUGCAGGUCAAAGAGAUGGCUUUGCGAAAAGUAGGAGGGCUUGCCCUGUGGGAUUUCGUAGAUUUUAUUGUCCGCACCCGAAUUCCUAUCUUUGUGCUUCUUCGGCCCUUCAUUCAGUGCAAGUUGCUAGCCCAGCCAGCUGAGAAUCACGAAGAAAUGACUGCUCGACAGCACAUUGCUGACCAGUUGGAGCGGCGCUUCAUCCCACGCCCUCUCUGCAAGAGCUCUCUCAUUGCGGAAUUCAACAAUGAGCUAAAGAUCCUCAAGGAGGCUGUGCAUAGUGGGUCAGCCUACCAAGGUAAGACUUCUAUCAGCACUGCGGGCACCUCUACCUCUGCAUACCGACUGAGUCUCGCCACGAUGUCACGCUCCAACACUGGCACUGGAACUGUCUGGGAACAGGACAGUGAACCUUCCCAACAAGCUUCCCAGGAUACUUUAAGCCGGACAGAUGAGGAAGAUGAAGAAAAUGAUUCCGUGAGCAUGCCCAGUGUGGUAAGUGAACAGGAAGCAUACCUCAUGGGUGCCAUUGGGAGGAGGAGAUUCUCCAGCCAUCUCUCCAGCAUGUCUGCACCUCAGGCUGAGGUGGGCAUGUUACCCAGCCAAAGUGAACCUAAUGUCCUCGAUGACUCCCAAGGCCUGGCAGCUGAGGGCAGCCUCUCUAGGGUAGCAAGCGUGCAGAGUGAACCCGGACACCACAAUCUUCUUCUACAGCAACCAUUAGGGAGAAAGAGAGGCUUGAGGCAGCUAAGAAGGCCUCUUUUAUCACGUCAGAAAACACAGACGGAACCUCGCAGCCGUCACGGUGCACGACUUUCUACCACACGUAGAAGCAUACAGCCCAAAGCAAAACCAACCGUUGAUCAAAAACGAUCUGUAACCUUCACUGAAGCUAAAUCCGAGGCAUCGACAUCAAAGCCGGAUCCAGCACCAAUUGCAGCCCAGCAGCAAAGCAGCAAAAAGAGCAGCCCUUCAGACGGCAACAAGCAGGAAGCUACAAAUAGAUCCACUCUGCCUUCCUCACCUGCUGUUACUGUGGCAGAUCUCCAUAGUCAAGUCUCCUCUAGUCAGAAUGUGACUGUUUCUGCUGAGGAUAAAAAAAAGGACGAGAAUGUGGAGCAAAAGCCAGCACAAGCUCACGGUACCCCUCCAGCCACAGAACUUUCUGACACUGAGGAUUUUGCAGGCCUUGAAACCACCAGCUUACUGCAGCAUGAAGACACUGUCCUUCACAUUAGUGAGGACAAUGGGACAGAGAAUCCCCUACUUUCCAGCCAGUUCAGCUACACGCAGGUUGAGGUGGGACAGACUGAUAUUGACCUGGAUGAGUCUCAUGUUUGACUUGGGAAGUAGAUAGUAGUACACUACAGGAAUGAGAGAUCUUCCUCUGGUCUUCCUAUUCCUCUCUAAGUAUGUAAAGGAGCACUUUAUGAACAUGUGGAACACAUCUAGUAUCCUAUUGGUAAAGUUGGGCCAAUAUAUCUAAGAAAAUAAGCUGCAGCUUUGGACAGAUCUAGUUGGACUCAGGGCACACCAUAAAAUAGAGGAAUAGAUUAACACUGGAAUCUUCAUAGGAACAGAACUGAUUCACAACAUCUUUGCACUCUUUAGCUUCUCUAAGUUACAUAACAAAUGCCAGGCAGAAAUAGAGAACUAUCUUUUUGGAGGUUAUCCACCUUAAUAUAGUAAUCUAAAUCUAAAGUUUAUUUUUGUAAUUUCAG